GCGGCGGGUGGAGAUGCGGCCGAGCGUGCUGGGCGGGUGAAGCGAGCCGGCUGGGCGGCGCGCCGGGGCAGCCAGAGCCGCGCGCCGCGUCGCUGUAAUCGGACACCCGAGCGCUCGCCCCAUGCGCCGGCCACUUUCCAUUCACUCCGUAGUGCUUGAUUGAGCGACGCAGAGCAGGGCUCCGGGUGCCGCGCCACUGCAACGCUGAGGAUUCCUUUACAAAGAAACUCAGAGGACCGGGAAGAAAGAAUUUCACCGCUGGGACGCCCUAGAAAUUACGGUCUUUGGGGAAAAGGACUACAAACACGCGGAUCCAAACCUGUAGCAAAUUGACUUUUCCGUGCUGAUCUCGUCCCACCUCGGUAUUUUCCCUUGGAUAUUAACUUGCAAAUCUGAAGAAAUGGCAUUCCAGGCAAUUUGGGUCUUGGUUGGAGUAUUUGUUUGUUCUACCUGUGUGAAAGGAUCAUCUCAGCCCCAAGCAAGAGUUUACUUAACAUUUGAUGAGCUUCGAGAAACCAAGACCUCUGAAUACUUCAGCCUAUCUCACCACCCUUUAGACUACAGGAUAUUAUUAAUGGAUGAAGAUCAGGACCGGAUAUAUGUGGGCAGCAAAGAUCACAUUCUUUCCUUGAAUAUUAACAACAUAAGUCAAGAACCUUUGAGUGUUUUCUGGCCAGCAUCUACAAUCAAAGUUGAAGAGUGCAAAAUGGCUGGCAAAGAUCCCACACAUGGCUGCGGGAACUUCGUCCGUGUAAUUCAGGCUUUCAACCGCACGCAUUUGUAUGUUUGUGGGAGUGGUGCUUUCAGCCCGGUCUGUACUUAUUUGAACAGAGGGAGGAGAUCAGAGGACCAAGUUUUCAUGAUUGACUCCAAGUGUGAAUCUGGAAAAGGACGCUGCUCUUUCAACCCCAAUGUGAACACAGUGUCUGUUAUGAUCAAUGAGGAGCUUUUCUCUGGAAUGUAUAUAGAUUUCAUGGGGACAGAUGCAGCUAUUUUUCGAAGUUUAACCAAGAGGAAUGCAGUCAGAACUGAUCAACACAAUUCCAAAUGGCUAAGUGAACCUAUGUUUGUGGAUGCACAUGUUAUCCCAGAUGGCACUGAUCCAAAUGAUGCUAAGGUGUACUUCUUCUUCAAAGAGAAACUGACCGACAAUAGCAGAAGCACAAAACAGAUUCAUUCCAUGGUUGCUAGGAUAUGUCCUAAUGACACUGGUGGACUGCGUAGCCUUGUCAACAAGUGGACUACCUUCUUAAAAGCGAGGCUGGUAUGCUCGGUAACUGAUGAAGAUGGUCCGGAAACACACUUUGAUGAACUAGAGGAUGUGUUUCUGCUGGAAACUGAUAACCCAAGGACAACACUAGUGUAUGGCAUUUUUACAACAUCAAGCUCAGUUUUUAAAGGAUCAGCAGUGUGUGUGUAUCAUUUAUCUGAUAUACAGACUGUGUUUAAUGGGCCUUUUGCCCACAAAGAAGGGCCCAAUCAUCAGCUGAUUUCCUACCAGGGUAGAAUUCCUUAUCCUCGCCCUGGAACUUGCCCAGGAGGAGCAUUUACACCCAAUAUGCGAACCACCAAGGACUUCCCGGAUGAUGUUGUCACUUUUAUUCGGAACCACCCUCUCAUGUACAAUUCCAUCUACCCAGUCCACAGAAGGCCUUUGAUUGUUCGUACAGGCACUGACUAUAAGUACACAAAAAUAGCUGUGGAUCGAGUGAAUGCUGCCGAUGGUAGAUACCAUGUUCUGUUUCUCGGAACAGAUCGAGGUACUGUGCAGAAGGUGGUUGUUCUUCCUUCUAACAGCUCUGCCAGCGGUGAGCUCAUUCUGGAGGAGUUGAAAGUCUUUAAGAAUCAUGCUCCUAUAACAACAAUGAAAAUUUCAUCCAAAAAGCAACAGUUGUAUGUGAGCUCCAAUGAAGGACUUUCCCAAGUGUCUCUGCAUCGCUGCCACAUCUACGGUACAGCCUGUGCUGACUGCUGCCUGGCAAGAGACCCUUACUGCGCCUGGGAUGGCCAUGCUUGCUCUAGGUUCUACCCAACCGGGAAACGGAGGAGCCGAAGACAAGAUGUGAGACAUGGAAAUCCAUUGACUCAAUGCAGAGGAUUUAAUCUAAAAGCAUAUAGAAAUGCAGCUGAAAUUGUUCAGUAUGGAGUAAAAAAUAACACCACUUUCCUUGAGUGUGCCCCCAAGUCUCCACAGGCAUCUAUCAAGUGGUUGUUACAGAAAGAUGAGGACAGGAGGAAAGAGGUCAAGCUGAAUGAGCGAAUCAUAGCCACUUCACAAGGACUCCUGAUCCGCUCCGUUCAGGAUUCUGACCAAGGACUGUAUCACUGCAUCGCAACAGAAAACAGCUUCAAGCAGACCAUAGCCAAGAUCAACUUUAAAGUUUUAGAUUCCGAAAUGGUGGCUGUUGUUACAGACAAAUGGUCUCCGUGGACCUGGGCCAGCUCUGUGAGGGCUUUACCCUUCCACCCGAAGGACAUCAUGGGGGCUUUCAGCCACUCAGAAAUGCAGAUGAUUAAUCAGUACUGCAAAGAUACUCGGCAGCAACAUCAGCAGGGAGAAGAAUCCCAGAAGAUGAGAGGGGACUAUGGCAAGUUAAAGGCUCUCAUCAAUAGCCGGAAAAGUAGAAAUAGGAGGAAUCAGCUGCCAGAGUCAUAAUGGUUUCUUAAAUGAGGCUUAUGCUUCCAUCAGUAAAUGAUCUGUCUUCAGUGAUCAACUUCUGAGCAGAGAAUCUUGUGCUUUACCCAUGGGAAAUUCCUGAGAAAGGUGGUUACUCACUCCUAAAGGUGAACGUUACAUGAACUGAAAUGAGUAUGCAUUUUCUUGUAUGAUAUUGACUAGCACUAGACAUGUCAUGGUCCUCAUGGUGCAUAGAAAUAUUUAACUUAACCUAGAUUUUAUUUAUAUCUUUAUUUACCUUUUCUUCAAAACCAAUAUGGCGACUAUAAAACUAGAAUUCUUACAUCCCUUAAUUGAACUAGGGCCGUAACCUGUGAUCUUCGAUCCUUGCUUUAAGAGUUUAGAGUUCUAACUGUCAAUCAUUUGUAUACAAAACCAAAUGGCAAGUUCACAAUUUUUACAUAGUAAAAGUUAUAUAAAUGCAUGUGACAGAGUAGUUGUCAAAAGAAAUGUAGAAUAGAAAAGAGACAAGGAAGAGGGAAUCUAAAAGCUGUAUAAAACACGAGCGAUUUUCAUAAAAAGAUAA